AUGGCUGCAGAGGGUAAUACGAAUGAUGGACGGAGUCGGCAGGAAUCUGUUGGCACCUCGUCCACUGGACAACAGCUUCCAUCGUUGAGUAGCCUCUUUGGCCCGCCAUCAGCUAUGAGACCUCUGAGCUCUCCACACACGGAGCGCAAUGGAAUAUAUCCUUCGCCCUCUCCCCUAGACAGGCCACGGCUAUCGUCGAAUGGAAACCUGUCGAACUCCUACUUCCCACAGACUAUUUCACCUUCUCCGCUGCAACCGAGAAGUCUCUAUGACACAGUCUACAACUACCACGAUAGACAGUCCGCCCACGCCCCGACAUCUUCCUUCACUGGGCCGCAGUCGCCCGAAUACUCGAACCACGAUCACAGGGGCUCAGAUGCGCGUUACGAACCCGAAAUGCCGCGCAAAUGGUCCGCCUACCGCGAGGACAGCAGGCAAGAUUAUCAGGCGGCGGGAUCUCGCGACUCAUCUUAUCCGCAAGGUCAAGAUCAACUCAGGACUCAUCUCUCUGGGCACAAAGAUGCAACCCACGAUUACUCCGAACGGCGACCCAGUCAAGUUCCCAGUUCGGACGGCAACCCGCCAGCAACUACAGCUACCACCAUACCCUCUGAUAUCGCCGUUUCCAAAGAUGGCCUGGGCCCAAAAAUCUGGACAGGCACGCACUUCCUACCGAGAUUUGUGCGAGCAGCAGAGGUACCGGGCGAAGGCAUGUGCUAUUUCUACGACGAUGGAAGCCAUUGCAAGACCGUCAUUGACGGUGAGGCGGUAAACGCUCACUGGGGCGUGACGAAGGCGGGCAAGCCUCGCAAGCGGUUGGCUAUUGCAUGCGUGACUUGCAGGGAGAAGAAGAUCAAGUGUGACCCGGACUACCCACGAUGUGUCCAGUGCGAAAAGUUUGGUCGCAUUUGCAAAUUCAAGAAUGCAUCGCCGCGAGCAAUGCAACCCUCAUCUCCAGAUCGCGGAUACAGCAAGAGGCUCAAGCUGGGAUCUGAGGCGUACGUUUCCAACGGCGAACCGCCUGCCUCGUUCAAUCGCCGAUUGGACUAUCUCAAACCUCGAAUGGCCGAACAGCCACCGCUACCACUUCUCCCCGAGCCAUCUAGGAUCCCGGACGAUGUUCUUGGUCGUGCUUGGCGGACCGAUCCCUUUGCCUCGAACCCUGACCUGAUCACCAGUGCCCUGACCAGGUUUUUCGCCAAUGUGGACAGCACUAUGAUUCUACAAUUUCUCCCGGAGGAGGCCUUUCAGCGCUGGGUCGUGGCUUCUGUUGGACAAAAAUCCCCUGAAGACUUGAUGCUCCUCUAUAGCACCCUUGCCGUUGGCUCUGCGCUCUGCGGCGAUCCUAAGCAUAUUGCUUUCGAAUAUGCUCAGGUGGCUCACUACGCGCAAAGGAUGACGGGAGUGCAGUGCUUACAGCUGGUGCAAAGCAGGAUCCUCCUUGCCGUGUAUUACAUCUCGACCUGCCGUACACGAGAAGCCGAUGAGCUGAUAUCUUCAGCAGCGGCUAGCGCUGCAUGCCUGCAGCUGAGCUUAGAACUCGACCACUCCCGGGAAUCGGCCAUGACCAUUUAUCCUCUGGGACUCAAUAGGAUGGGCUAUGCUGAAGCUCGCAGGAGGACUCUUUGGUCACUGUUCAUGCUGGAAAGACUUGGCGGGCUUUUCCCGGAACGCCCAGUAAUGACUCAUGCAGAGGACAUUUACAUUCGACUUCCUGCCGACCUCAAUAGCUUCGAGAAGCAAGCCGAGUCCCGCGCGCGAAGCUUUGACCCAUAUUGUGGCCGCGUCGUGUCGGAUGAGCCAUCGUCGGACGCCACUGUCACGGGCUACUAUCUUGAAAUGGUGCACAUCUGGUCGGACUGCCAGGCCUCCAUCUAUAGAAUGGCCCUCAGACGGACGCCCACCGAAGCCGAGACCACGAAGCUGCAGGAUCUCAUCAAGAGAGCCAAGAACUGGGCUGCUUCUCUACCCCCUCGCAUGACGUUUAGUGGCACAAACAUCGAAACGGCUGCUUUCUCGAGAAGCACGGGGUCUUUCCUCAGCAUGCAUUUUCUUUACCAUCAUACCAUGAUCGAGUUGAACCGACACCGCUACGGAGCCGGCCAGCUACCCCGGGAUGUCCAGUUGGGGCAUUCGGCCGAGUGCCGGGAGCACGCAAGCCGGGUUCUCGAGAUGCUGAACAGUCUUGAGCGUAUCUUGAGGGUCAGGUCUGCAUUGCUGAGCAUCCCUCCUCCAGCCAUGGCUGUCGCCGUCACAGAAGCUGUCGAUGUUCUGACUGCCAGUGGUCCGAUGGCCGUUUUAGGCGAGAUCAUUGACCGAGUUCGAAUCGCCCAGUCGGCAAUUGACAAGAUGAAGGACGUCUGGGAGGCAUCCUCAAAGGACGGUCUUGCCAUCCACCGGCGUUUACAAAAGUUGAACCGCAUUCGUGAGCUAGGAUCGCGGCCGCCCAGCCCUAUUCAGGGCUAUCGCUUGCUUCCCCUGUCAGACAACACAAAGGACAAGGAGCUCAGCCACUGGCAGAUCUUUGAUCCCCUUGAACAAACAUUUCCCAGAGACAUGGACGUGGUCUAUGUCGGAUGCGACUAG